AUGUUGUUCUUGGAGCUGAGCACCAUUGACCCGAAGGCGUCAAGGGAAGUAGCAAACGCAAUCAAUAUCGGAGAGUGGGGGAAGUUCGUCGACGCCCCAUGCUCGGGUGGUGCAAUGGGUGCUGAGAGAGGAUCCCUGUCCUUCAUGGUGGGCUGCAGCGACGAACUCUAUCCUCGAGUCUUCGAAAUUUGCAAACUCAUGGGAAGUGAAGACAGCAUCUUCCACUGCGGGGAACUGGGCUCUGGACUUCAAAUCAAGCUUCUAAACAACUACCUGUCAGCUCUUACUGCAAUGGCCACAGCAGAGACCUACAAUAUCGGCCUACGAGGCGGCCUAGACGCGCGCAAGUUUGACCGUGUGAUCAACGCGAGCUCGGGAAUGAACUUCAACUCCAAGAUAAAUAAUCCAGUUCCAGGAAUAACUCCAGCAAACGCCGCUAGCCACGGUUAUGUGGGAGGCUUCUCAAUUGAGUUGUGUCUUGGAGUGCUAGAACUAGGUUUCAAGACCGCUGAAGACGUUGGAGCCAAAACGGUGCUGGGCAAGCCCAUGCUCGAGGCUUACAGAGCCGCUGCCGGUUAUGAGGAAUUUCAGGGUAAAGAUUCUAAGGUGAUUUACAGGUGGCUUGGGGGAGAGAACCCAGAUCUUUCAUAG